AUGGUGGAUUGGCUCAGUCUCGCCGUGCCGCUCGCCUACCUAGGCGUUCUGCUCGGCUCCCUAGCAACUUUCUCGUCACUAUACCGCAAGCGCAAGGCCAGAAAGGCAACCUCAUUAGAACCAUGGUUUCCCCCGCACCUCCAACGAGACAUCUACUUCUCCCUUCUCCAUCUUGACCCGCCGGCCUCAUCCUCUUCGAAAGAGAAAAAGGCCCCAGCGGUGCCGGAGACGGUACUAAAGGCCGCGCUUCUCCGGCGCGCAAUCGAGGAUAUCAAACGCGUUAUGGCGCUCCGAAACCAGAAGCAGGCACUAGCUAUGCUUCUGCAGCGGGGUAGUGUCGGGGACGAUCUGUGGCAGCGAUUCCAGCGAGCGGAGAAGGAGAUGGAAGACGAAGUGCGGGAUGUUGUUGCUGAGGCCAACGCGUACGUGCCGAACUGGGGCCAAACGAUCUUUCAGUCCGCGAACGAGAUGCUCAACAAUGUCCUGUUCCGUGAGCGGCUGCAGAGUUACCAGAAUAAGUUGGCCGAGGAGCGGGAGUGGUGGGAUAAGAAGAAGGCGAGCAUUCAAGAGGGAUUUAUGAAGGAGCUGGAUGCAGAGAGUUCCGUUUCCACAAAACCCGAGCAAGCUACAUCUACCGCGACGACUACCAGCUCGACACCCGGAACCAAGACUCCUGAGUCAUCUGCUGCGCCAUCCACUGCAGCCGAAAGUGAUGACGAGGCUGUAUUGGUUGAGGCUGCCGACACUGCGGCGGGUGGAUCGAGCAGUGCCAGUAAGAAGAAAAAGAAGGGCAAGAAAUGA